GUCACCUUCCCAGCAGGACAUAGAUACAUCAAGGCGUGCAGAACAACCCACCGACUCCAAUAUGGCCUCCAUCGACGCCCUGAUUCCGCUGAUCUACCACGAGAAGCAGCAGGAGGGCUCCAUGCUAUGCGCCCAGCAUGCCCUUAACUCUCUGCUUCAAGGAUCAUAUUUCACUGCACCUGAUCUCUCCGAGAUUGCGCGCAAGCUAGACGAGACCGAGCAUGGCUAUCUGGAAGAGGAGGCAGGUGCUGCGGCCGCUACCAGCACCAACAUGGACGACACAGGCUUCUUCUCGGUCCAAGUACUCGAGGAGGCCCUUAAAGUCUGGAACCUCACGCUCGUACGCUGGAGAAGCGAAGCUAUGCGCCCGUACCAGGACCACCCGCACACCCAGAUGGGUUUCAUCCUGAACCAGUCCCAGCACUGGUACACCCUCCGCCGCUUCGGGCGCGUGUCUCCGGACCCUGCGUUGGACGCCGACCCAGGAGACGGCCACUGGUUCAACCUCAACUCCUUCCUCACCAAACCAGAGCGCAUCGGCAAGCUUUACCUCGGCAUGUUCCUCCAGCAGGCAGAGACGGAAGGCUACUCCGUAUUUGCCGUGGUCCAGCGCGAUCCGGAAGGCCCGCUCGCCCUCUCCCGCACCGAAGCUGACGAGUUCGCAGCAGACAUCUCCGAGUCCGCGGCCGGUAACUUCACCUCCCGCCCCACUGCCUCCACAUCUAGGUCCGCCCAUCCAUUCGCCGGUGUGGAAGGGCUAGAGGACGAGGACAUGGAACUGCAGGCCGCGCUCCAAGCCUCACUCUCCGGAGGCACCUACGAGGCACCCGCGUUCUCUUUCACGAGCACUCGCCAUACGUCCUUCCAAACCUCGUCAUCUGCAUCUUAUUCUCGCGUCGCGGCUGCGUCCGCCCCCGCUGCAGCACAGCCCGACUACGAAGUCAUCGAGGACGAUGACGAUGACGAGGACUACAUCCCAGAUCCGCCCACACGCGCCGCCGAAGCGGAGCCCGAAGACCCCGUCGCAGCCAGCAUGGCGCGACAGCAGGCCCUUCUGAAGCGUAUGCAGCGCGACCAGCAGGCGGCCCUGCAGGAGCAGUACGAGGAAGAGAUCGCGCGGUUUCAAGCGGGCACGCGUGGGUCGCAACCCCCGAGCGGCCCGAGCAGAGGUGAAGACGAGGACGAGAUGCUCCGGCGCGCGAUCGCGGAGAGCGAGGCAUUAGCGCAAGCGCAGGGCAGCCGCAUGGAGCAGGCAAGCGAGCCCCCAGCACCGGCUGCGCCACCAGCGUGGCACCAGCACAGAAUGUACGACGACGAGGAUGCGGAGCUGCAGGCUGCGCUGCGCGCGUCGCUCGAGGGCGUCCCAGAGGGCUUCCGCGUACCUAGCCCACCGCCUAUCGUCCAUCCGCCGCCGGCCUCCCAUCCCUCCGCAACCUCUGCAUCUGCGGCGCUUCAGCCGCCCCCGAUACAGCAACAGGCGUCGUCUGACGUGGACACGGAGUCUGAAGCAGAUGUCGAAGAGCCCCCAGAACAGCUGAGCAUGGAGGAGAUUCGGAGGAGGCGGCUGGCGAGGUUCGGUGGCUGAACUGGUAGCAGCUAGACGACGAUGAACUCUUGUACGUUAGAAUGUAAACGCAGCUGUAGAGUCUGAGCAUCAUCAUCUGUAAACCAAUGCAAACAUUUACC